AUGGAGAUAUUGGAGCGAGAAGAGGAUAUCCUGGAGGCAGAACGGAUACGGAAGGAGUCGUUAAUACGACUAAUCAACCUGAAAUAUUUCACAUUUAACGGCAUUAUCUAUGAGCAAAUAUUUGGACUACCGAUGGGACCACCACUAUCACCUCUUUUGGCAAAUGUAUACAUGGACAUGUUGGAAAAGGAAUUCGAGAAGUCACCACUGCAACCAAGAGUGCUCAUGCGGUACUUGGAUUACUACUUUGCAUUUUGGUCAAAUGGUAAGGAAAAUUUAAGUGAAUUCUUCAAUUUCAUUCAGCAACUUGAUAAAAGAAUUAAAUUUACAAUGGAGGUGGAGGAGGAUGAACGGCUACCCUUUCUGGAUAUUGAAGUCAUGCGCUCCAAAGGGACACUCAUGAAAAGACUAUAA